AUGGUAAUGAACCGUGGUGUUAAUCUGGUUCACAAAAGAAAAACCUCCGUUGAUAUUAACUUUUGGGUUAUUUAUGCUAGAAAAUGUGUGGGUCAAAAUGGCAUUUCACUUACAGAGACUUCUCAAGAUACUCUAAAAACUAUGAUAGCCAUUGACAUGAGUCAAUAUUCUAGGUUGGUAUGUCGGCAGGCAGAGAAAAUUGAAUAUAGAGACAUGAGUGUUGUUGGUUAUGAGAUGAGGAGAUAUGCUGAGAAGGAUAUUUCUUACAGGAAAAAAGUCGAUUGUUACGCCGAGAAAAGAGACGAAAUUAUAAGCUAG